AUGGACUCGAACGCAACGGCAGAGGCCCCCUCCCUCCCUUGGAGGGCUUUAUCCAACACAACAAUGUGGGGAGUGGCGGGUCUAUGUCGUGGUUUCCUUUCGGUUUUCUGUCAUGCAGAAUGUCACGGGAAAGAAACAUUCACGGAGCUGUUAGACUCUCGGCAUGACGUUUCGCAACGGACACGAGGAUUGAUUACAGUAUCCAAUCACAUUAGCGUAAUGGAUGACCCGUUACUAUGGGGUAUUUUGCCUCCGCGAUUUUGGAAUAAGCGGUGGUCUUUUGGAAGCUACGAUAUUUGUUAUCAGACAAGACCACUGGCACUCUUCUUCACUAUGGGACAGGUCCUGCCCACUCACCGUUCCGCGCAUUCUACAUUCGGUGGCCUAGCUCAACCCGCUAUCACUGAGGCUAUUCGCUUGUUAUCGAAGGGUCCUUUCCCCGUUGACCACCACCGCGCCAAACCUGAACGUCAGCGCUGGAGCUUGCACAAUGUCUGUGUCGAUCCCUUCUCGGACCUCUCAGUCGCCUAUACAACCGAUGGCAAGGACUCACACAUCGCACCUACCGCAUACUCCUGCAACUCGAAUUCGUGGGUUCAUAUCUUCCCCGAAGGCAAGAUUCACCAGUCACCACGAAAGACCAUGCGCUAUUUCAAGUGGGGAAUCGCACGGCUCAUUUUAGAGCCCAAAGAGUGUCCGGAUGUGGUUCCGAUGUGGAUUGAAGGCUUCGACGAUGUCAUGCACGAGAGUCGCGAAUUCCCGCGAUUCCUUCCUCGGCCUGGCAAAGAUGUUAGCGUUACCUUUGGCUCCAAGGUGGACUCGGAUGUCGUAUUUGGGGAAAUGAGAUCUCGGUGGCAGAAGCUGAAAGCGAAGGUCGCAAAGAGCCACCCCGAUUCCCGAGAUCUGCCCCUGGGUGUGCUAAGUGAUGAACUGCUGAAUGAUAAAGAAGCUGUCGAGCUACGCAAAGAGGUCACCUUGAAGAUCAGGAACCUUGUCUUGGACGUUCGCCGAUCGCGCGGAUUGCCCGAUGAGGACCCGAAGGAGGGCCUGGUGGAUACCUGGCUGGAAGAGGGUGCCCAACGUGAGGGCCAUAUGAAGGACGAUUCCUGGGUUCGGGACAUCUGA